AUGAAGUUCACUGGAGCUCUUCUGGCUACUGGCCUCCUUUUCACCGCUGUCGAAUCUCACCCAGGUGGCCACAAUGUUCCUCGAGCGGAGAUGCAGCGCCGCGCUGGUUUAUCUAAGCGCUGUGCUAACCAUGUAGCUCAGUUCAACGAGAAACGCUAUGCGAAGAGAAUGAAGGCGAAGCGCUCGUUGGAAUUUGAACGGCGCUCUGACAACACGACAUAUCAGAUUACCACCGAAGCACCUUAUUACGAGGUGAUACAGAAUGACACCUGCGUGCUGGCGCCCGAUAUCACCCAGGGCCCCUACCUGUGGCAUCGUGCUCAAAUCUUGAGACAGGAUAUGUCUGAGGACCAGCCUGGUGUUCCUCUCUGGCUGGAUGUUGGCGUCAUCGACAUGGCUACCUGCGAACCCUUGAGUAACGCCCUCGUGAGCUUCUGGCAUUGCAACUCUACCGGUAGCUACUCGAGCUUCACCGGGGUAGAUCCAAACAUAAACUUCAAAGACUUCCUCCAUCAGCAAAAUAUUCGAAACUUCACCAUUGGUGAAACCGACCUCCACACCGACGAUACCAAGUGGCUACGCGGCAUGUGGCCGACGAAUGGCGAGGGCAUAAUGGAAAUGAAGACCAUAUUCCCGGGAUUCUACGAAGGCCGUGCCGUCCACAUCCACACUCAGAUCUUCACCAACUGGACUCUACAUGAGAAUGGUACUCUCUCAUCUGGCCACAAUAUCAACACGGGCCAGUUAUACUUUCCCGAAGAUGUGACGAAGCAGCUGAUGGCUCUCGAGCCGUACAGUUCGCACACUGAAAUUGAGCGAGUGACAAACGACGUGGAUGGCCACAUAGCUGAAGGACAGGUCGGUGGAUACAAUCCCAUUGUCAGCAUCAUACCGGCGGAUGGAGAGAAUGCAGAGAACGGUCUGGUAGGAUACAUUACUAUGGGCGUAGACACUACGGAAACUUACGAGGAGCCCGAAGAUCCCGAGGGAUUUUGGUGGAAGCACUGA